UACGCGAUGCUCAACUCGGCGGCCUUUUAGAUGUUAGAAUCGCCGCAAGCGGUAAUAUGGCGGCGGUUGUUACGGAUGAUGUUUCUCGUAUCCACAGGCGUUCCUUUAUUUCCGCCCUUUAACUUCGCCUCCUCGCGAUCGGAUUAAUCAAUAAACUGCGAGCGGUAACUCCCGUGUGUAUUGCACGCUACCUCGACGACGCCGAGAAUCUUCUUCGCUCAUAAUCGCCGUUACCAAACGACGCGCCCUGAGCAGUUUGUUUAAAGCGUGCGAUUGAUGCUCUGUGCGCGCCAUCCUUUUCCUCCUUACGAGAAAAGACGUCGUCGUGAGUAAUCAUGGCUGCGGCUGCGGCAGCUGCUCUGCUCGACGAACUCAUGGGUAGGAAUCGCAACGUCCUGCCCAACGAGAAGCCGAAGGAGCUCAAUUGGGAGGAUCCUGAGUUUUGCAAAUUGUACCUUGUCAAGUUCUGUCCACAUGACUUGUUUGUUAAUACGAGGGCAGACUUGGGAGCAUGUGCAAGAGUGCACGACGACGAAGCAAGAGACCUCUUUGAGAAGGCUCCGUAUAAUUAUCGUAAGCAACAGUACGAGGAUGAGUUUAUUAGAUUUUGCCAAACCAUGCUUAGCGAAGUGGAUAGGAAAAUUAUCAAGGGUAAACAGCGUCUGGCACUAAUUGGAAGGACAGAAGCACCAACUCUGUCUCCUGCUCAAACUCAAAAAAAUGAAGAGCAAAUUGCCUUAUUGACUGAAAAAAUAAAUAAACUUGUAGAAGAAGCGGAGCAAAGUGGCAUUCAGGGAAACGUGGAACAAGCACAGGGUUUAAUGCGGCUUUGUGAUCAAUUAAAGGAGGAGCGAGAAGCUCUCCGUAAAUCAAAUGAUAAUAGUCACUACAACCAGACCGCAGAAUUAGCUGCUGCACAAGAAAAGCAAAUGGAAGUUUGUGACGUUUGCGGUGCAUUUCUUAUAGUGGGAGAUGCUCAGCAAAGAAUAGAUGACCAUUUAAUGGGAAAACAGCACGUUGGAUAUGCUAGAUUAAAGAGCGCUUUAGAAGAAAUUAUUACUAAACGUGAGAAAGCCAGAGAUGAAAAAGAACAAAGAAGAGAAGAGGAGAGGAAAAGGGCAAGGGGUAACGAUGAUGAUAGAAAGAAAAGAGAUGAUCGUGACAGAAGUGACAGAGACAGAGACAGGGAUAGAGAUCGCGAUAGGGACAGAGAUCGAGAGAGGAAUAGAGAGAAUAAGGACAAAGACAGAGAUAGGGACAAACGCCGAAGGCGCGAUGAAGAGAAAAGGCAUGAUCCAUCACAUAGAAAUUCUAAGCAUAGAAGUAGAAGUAGAUCUAAAGAUAAACAUGAUAGACAUAGAGACGAGGAUAGAGAACGCCGUCAUAAAGAUCGAGGUAAUCAUGAUCAUCGCUCUACUUCAAACCACCAAAAUCGCAAACGACACCGAUCCGGAAGUAGAAGUCACAAGUAACUACUCUUGAUUGGUUAGUGAUUGAGCAAAAAUUCAGGACGAACGUUUGCAGACGGAUAAUGUGAGAAUCGUAUGCCAUUUGUGAGCAAGGAGAGACGUGGCUUAAUGUACUAUUUAAGGUAAAGAUUUUCCAUAAUACGGUUUGAGAUUUUCAAAGUGAAUUUUGUAUUGGCAAGAUCGUCGACGAUCAAACGGGAGUUGGACGCCGUCUUAAUCAAUUUUGGAAACCAAAUGCGCAAUUUUCCUUUAUAUUCAGUCAAUUCAGAUAUACGUAUUUACGUGUGUGAAUUACGUAAUCAUUUUACGCAUUGGCAACAUGAUAAAUUAUUUAUAAAUUGUACUUUUGUUAUUAAAAUAAUUCUAAUUCUGUAACGAUGGUAAAUAAAUUGUUUAUUAUCUGAAUUGUAAUAGUUGGAUGAUCUUGUUAACAUUGAUUAAAUAAAGCAUUCUGAAAAUUUUUUAACGUUUAAA